ACUCCUCUCUGUUACAAACAACAGACCAGGAAACUAGGGCAUGGAUUGGAUUAGAAACAUUAAGCAGUUGUAAAAAUUUUUAUUUUUGUUGUAUUUUCCCAAUUUUUUAAGUAUAAUUAUAUUUUGGACUGCUUUAUAAAGCUUUUUUUUAUUUGUAAUCAUUCUUUCACGUCUGUAUUUGUACACAUAAUUUCCGAAAUGCAUCAAGAAGUAAAGCUAUGCGUUUUGGGGGAUUCCGGUGUGGGAAAAUCGAGUAUUGUUCAACGUUUUGUACAUAAUACUUUUAACCCAUCCGUCGAAAGUACAAUUGGAGCAUCUUUCAUGACAAAAUGUAUGCUUGUUGAUGACUGCACAUAUAAAUUCAACAUAUGGGAUACAGCUGGUCAAGAACGGUAUAGAUCCCUAGCUCCAAUGUAUUACAGAAAUGCUGGAGCAGCAGUGAUUGUUUAUGAUGUUACAAGUCAUAAUACAUUUACAUCAGUAAAAGGCUGGAUUAGGGAGCUGCAGUUGCAUGGUUCUUCAAAUGUUAUAAUGGCUAUAGCUGGGAAUAAAUCUGAUCUAGAAGGCAGACGAGAAGUAACAUACAAAGAAGCCAAAGAAUAUGCAAAUUCUGUGAAUGCUGCAUUUGUUGAAACAAGUGCUUUGACUGCUGUGAAUAUCCAUGAACUUUUCAGAGAAAUUGCUCUUAGACUGCCAAGAAAAUUGCCAGCAGAACAACCAAAGCAUGAAAUUCGUCUUACUGAUUCUGGGAAAAAGAAAAAAUGUUGUUCAUCGAUAUAAUUUUUUUGUUCAUUUCUCAACUCAUUUGAACAGUAUUCUAAACUCAUUUCUGAUUUUUGUAUGAAGGCAUUUUAUGCUUUUAUUUCCAUGAUUAAUUUAUUGAAUGUAAUUUAUAUUACAAUGUGAAAUGUUGAUGUUUGUAAUUUACUGUAGAGUAGUUUGUUAUAUUUAAAAUACUCUUUGUAAUUUAUACUGGAAAUUUUACAAUUUUGUUAUAAUUUUACUGUAAUUUAUUAAUGCAAUAUAUUUUAUUUUCUUGUUC